CCACACUUUUCUUUUUUUUUCCAAAAACAAUGACUGUUACUGAAGAUUCCCGUGCCGCGCUCGCGCAGCUCGAGACCAUCCAGAGCACCAAUGCAGACCUCAAGGGCGCCCGCAACCUCGAGCUGAUCAUCCAGCUGCUCAAGAGCCCUUUCUUCCAGUCUGUCGCCAAGGUGUACGACGCCUUCCAAACGAGUCUGCCCGCCGCUCCUGAGGCCGCGCCGACGCCCGCCGCCAACCGCGGUGGUAUCACUGCCACCUCGCAAGCGGUCGAGAACGCUACAGUUGCCGCUUUCGGUGCUGGCGAUGAGACCAAGGACCACCGUGUCAUUGUGCUCACCAAGGGCACCCAGGGUCUUGGCUUCAACAUUAUGGGCGGUGCCGAGCAGAACUGCCCCAUUUUUAUCUCGCGCAUUGCCGAAAACGGUGUCGCCUUCAAGGACGGCAACCUGAAGCGCGGCGACCAGCUUCAAUCCGUCAACGGCAUUGACGUGACGAAGGCGACUCACGAACGAGCAGUCGAGAUUCUCAAGUCGUCUGUUGGCUCUGUCACUCUUACCGUCAAGUUCAACUUGCAAAUGUUGGAGGAGCUCGAGCGCAUGUUUGCCGAGAAGCGAGAGUCCAUCAAGAACCCCAAGUAACAAACUCAAAAUCAACCCCCCCCCCCAAACACAUAUACAUGGCAAAAGCCGUCCUUGUCGGAGAAUGAAAAGCACAGGUUGAUCCGUUUGUUGAUGUUUCUCCCCCAAAUGUCACUUUUGAGAAAGUCUCGAAUUUCACUGCG